AUGUCGCCACUAUUCCUCCCUGAUGAACUCAUCGCGGAAGUACUCUCUUUGCUCAAACCGAAAUCACUUUUGCGGUUCAAGUGCGUGAGCAAGUCGUGGAAUUCCCUCAUCUCCGAUCCAUUCUUCAUCAAUAUGCACCUCAUCCAAUCUUCACGAAAUCCAAACAUCAUUCUUCUCCCGGAAGACUUUCCGACGACUUCCAGUAUUGCCCUACUCAAUCCCUUGCUCGACGACAAUCCCUCCAUCAAUCACUUCCCAAAAGAUUCUAAAUACAAAUUGAUGAAAAGGUAUUGUCAUGUUAUUGGUUCCUGCAAUGGAUUGACAUGUUUGGUCAAUUCUCUCCACGUGGUUAAUUCUCCAUGCAAGAAUGAAUUCUAUCUAUGGAACCCAUCAACCAGGUGGGUUUCUAAAAAACCAGUCUCUUUUCACCAUUCUUACCAGAGUUUUAACUUCUCAUUUGGUUAUGAUAAUUUAACCAAUAAAUAUAAGGUGUUGGCCUUCCGUCCCAAUGAUGUCCGAAUUCUUGCUUUGGGUGAUAAUAUCUGGAGAAAUAUUCAAAGUUCUCCUACACCUCCUCAUGAAUAUUGCUCUAUUUUCGGUCAUGCGAAUUAUGGUGUCUAUUUGAAUAAUAGUAUUAAUUGGUUUGCCCUUCGUGAUAACAAACGGCCUAAUGACUAUUGUCGGGCAGAUCUUAGUGUUCAACAAUUUUUGAUUAUCUCUCUUGAUUUGCGAACAGAGACCUACACACAGUUUCAGUUUCCCCAGGGUUUUGAUCAAGUGCCGGUUGUUGCUCCAAUUGUUUGCCGUUUGAUGGGAUGUCUUUGUUUUUCUCACUAUUCCAGAUGGUAUAAUUUUGAUAUAUGGCAGAUGAAGGAAUUCGGAGUGGAAAAGUCUUGGACGAAAUUGCUUAAAUUUAAUUAUCAUGAUCUAAUAAUUCAAUGUGGUUCUUCUCAACUUAUCCAAUUGUUCCCAUUGCAUGUCUUUGAGAACGGAGAUACGCUGAUACUCUCAGGCAAUCAUAACCAAUUAAUUUGCUAUAAUAGCAGAGAUAAUAGAGUGGUAAGGCAAGCUACAAUUACAAAUAGCAUAUGCGAACGUAUGUUCAAUGUCAAGCAUUAUGUUGAAAGCUUGCAUGAAAGUAACAUCCUUCAAUGA